AUGGCACUUUGUUUACUGGAACGUCUCCUAGCAUUUGAUCCCAAAUGUCGUCUAACAGCUGCAGAGGCCCUUGCUGAUCCUUACUUGAACGACAUGGCAAAACAAGAACUUGAACCUUCUAUUCAACCAAUUUCAAAACUUGAGUUUGAGUUUGAAAGGAGGAAGUUAUCAAAAGAUGAUGUUAGAGAGUUGAUUUAUACAGAGAUGCGUCAGGGUUGUCUACAUGGUGGAGAUCAUCCAACUACCUUCAUGCAUCCAAGGGAGUGGGUUAGUCCUACCGAGCAGAACAACACUGAGAAUAACAUCGAUUCUGAAAGGUAG